CUCGCGGUGAACGCGGUGAAUGGAGUGACUCUCGACGAAAGACGAAGGAAGUUCGAUCUGGAGGAUCUACGUCUACGCUACAGGAUUUUCCAAUCGUGUUUUCCAGUUCAAGAAACUUUCGCAUUCGGUUAUCACGAAGCAUUUUUCUUGAAAAUGUAAAGUGCGAAAUCGCAAUCUAAUCUUGCGAUGUACUUUUCCACCACAUUAUAUCCAGGACAAUUUUAGCUCUCUUUAACGAUUUGCGGUAUUGUAUGAAUUGUGUCGCCGAUGUGAAACGAGUGUUUUACUUAUCACGAACGAUUCCGGGAGCAUGAAACGAUCGCAUGACUUCGAAGUGUCAGUGAAACAAGAGUCUGGACAUUAAAAUCUUGACGAACUCAGAGGCAUUGUUCUACCCUUAUCUGUGAAGCCGUCGGCGGUGCAAUUGUGGAUAGCCCGACUGGUGAUUGGGUACAGCUGCAUCGGGUAAAUGCAGCGGCAACGGCCGACGCCUUUAUGAAUUACGUGGACAGGUCCAGGAUGGUCUCACACAUCAUCCCUGUUUCUGGGGAGCUGCAGCAGGGAAAUGGGAAUCUGGGCUCUGCAGGACUCAGCAGUAUGCAGGACUCUCCUCAUUCGCUGAAGAUCAAACAGGAGCCAUUUCAGCUGUCUCCGCCGUCACCUCUGCCGCCUCUUCAUCAAGUGAGCGGUUUCGUGUCCGACCUGCAGAGCGGAUGUAUCGGCGGCAACGCGAAGGACCUCGACUCCUCGUCAAUUCCUAAUAGCUUGGGCCGAGGUUUAACGUCGCAUCAUGUCUCCCUGAGCCACCAUCAUCACCACCAUCAUCAUCCCCAUCACAGUUUGCACAGCCCCAGCUCCGUGGUUCCCAUGCACACCACCACUACCACCACCACCGCUGGCUCGACACACCAUCACCUGGAUGACAAGGGCUCGUCGCCCGUGGGCGCCCUUCAUAGUACGACCAAUAGCAAUCCUUCCACACCAUCCGCACCCUCCACGCCCACUGCAGCCACUACCGAUAAUACUGUGGCCAACGUCGCGACUGGCACGACCAACAGCACCAACGGUGGUUCCUCCGCUGCGAACAGCAAACCACCCUUCAGUUACGUUGCCCUAAUCGCCAUGGCGAUACAGCACAGUGAGCACAAGAGGGCGACCCUCAGCGAAAUUUAUACGUAUAUCACCGCCAAGUUCCCGUACUUUGAGAAGAACAAGAAAGGAUGGCAGAAUUCGAUCAGGCAUAACUUGUCGUUGAAUGAAUGCUUUGUCAAGGUGCCCCGAGAAGGUGGCGGUGAGAGGAAGGGCAAUUUCUGGACGCUCGAUCCUCAGUACGAAGAUAUGUUCGAAAAUGGCAAUUACCGAAGACGAAGACGAAUGAAGCGUCCCUAUAGAAAUACUCCAUACCAUAAACCACUCUUCGGUGAUCCGUUCUCUGCUACGACUCACAUGCUAGGACCCAGGAACAUUUUCGGUCACUCACCCCCUUCGUACGCCCCCACUGCUUACACGCGAUACGAUACGAGUGCAUGGGGUCUCCAACAGUCGCAACUUUCAUAUAGCCAUUGCCAAUCGCUGCAGCCGCAAUUGCAGCCGAUGCAGUCGAUGCAAAUUCCAACUAUGAACGGCUACAGCCAACUGGGUACCUCGUUAAGUGAGUCACUAUUCUCGCACUUUGUACCUUCUUUUAUCGAGCGGGGUAAUGCUGAACGACCAGACAAAGCGUUUCAAGGCAAUUACCUGGAUGUUCCAGGUGGAACGACCGGAUCGCCUGGUUCCAUGGGCGGCGGCUCUUUCGGUAGCAGUUUCGCCACGUGCGGCAGGAGGCAUGAAUCCGCGAUGGCCACGGAUACAAUGCCUGGAAGAUGCUAUUGGCCCGAGAUGGUAAACGUGAAGGAAGAGCCCGGGACCAACACCGUGUCGACCAGCGGCGUCGGCGUUGGCGUCGGCGUUGGCGGUGUCGGCGUCGGCGUCCCGUCCGGCAUGAUGGCCUCCGCGGCAUCGUCAGGCGUCUCAACGACGGGAUUUCCGCCGAUGGAGUUCCAGACGCGUUCCAAGUGCUUUAUGUGAACACGAGAGGAACCACCACGUUAAAUAGCAGCGCGUGUUACGUGACGAAUCGACGUCAUGAGGAACGAGGGACGAUUCUACGUGAUCUAUCGCGCGGUGCGUUAGAUCGCAACGAGAUGGAUUCGCGAUUCGACGAACGGUGAGCGAUGCAUGAAAUGAUGCUCUGAACAUAUCUCUCGAUGACGCGGUAAUGCGGAUUAUAUUUAACAAAUAUUAUCGAAUAAUAUCUGAUAAUUGUUUAGCGAUGUUAUUGAAUGGUCGUUCGCGAAUCUAACCGCGCGGGGAAAUACAACGUAAACGUUUGUGAAACUCGUGUAAUUGCUAUUGUUGUGUUAAUUCGAUGUUAAAGGUACGUAUGUCGUGCGUCUUUACUGUGUAGGCUUGUUCACGUUCGUUAAAUACGUAAAGCGACACGCAAUACGGAGACAAUCGCAUGUAUUAUGCGAGAUAUUACGAUGCGAUACGACGAUUCUUUAGCGAUUCCGAAAUCUUUUUCAAAAGUGAAGGCCGCGAUCGCGCCUGUUGUGGUCCUGAUCGAUCGAAGACCGCCAUGUUGAUGAUGAAAACAGGAACGAUCGCGAAGAACGAUCUCUCGAUUUUAUCCUCAUUUUAUCGACGAUAUAAUAUGUUUGAAAAUACCUCUAUAUCUUCGCGCAUAUCGUUUUCGACUGCUAGACAGUAUUUAAAAUCCUGACGACAGGGCGAGAGGCGAAGAAAGUUUGUUCACAACGGGAAUGAGAUAUCGUUUCGAUUGCGAUAGAACAGAAAACGCGUUUAUUUGAAUCGAUCUAUCGACUCUAAUCAGUAUUCGCUCCGUUUCCUUAUUCGCGAAUCCAAUGUACAC